ACCAUCGAUUGCCUUCCAAGAUCACGACGACCUCACGAUAACGAAUACCCUCCCCACGACAGUAGAUACAAUGGACCACGCACACAUGGAUCACAGCGGAAUGGACCACAAGGGAAUGGGUCACGGCGACAUGGAUCAUGGCGAUGGAGGCAUGAAGGACAUGUGCAGCAUGAACAUGCUCUUCACCUGGGACACCAAGAACCUCUGCAUCGUCUUCCGACAAUGGCACAUCCGCUCGACAUCCUCCCUCGUCUUCUCCCUCGUCGCAGUAAUUCUCCUCGCCGUAGGCUACGAAGCCCUCCGCUCCCUCUCUCGCCGCUACGAAGAAGCCCUCGAUAAGCGCGUCCGCGCCACACCCAGGCAAAACCAGGAGCAGGCCGACCAGCGUGCCCAUCUCAUCAAGGCCGUCUUGUAUGCCCUGCAGAACUUUUACGCAUUCAUGCUCAUGCUCGUCUUUAUGACCUACAACGGCUGGGUCAUGGUUUCCGUGUCUCUUGGUGCCUUUAUUGGAUACGUCUUCUUUGGACAUAGAACUUCGGCUACAAAGGACAAUGCGUGCCACUAAAGAGUGGCAAUGGCUACUGCAAUGGCGUUUUAAUGGCGAACUGUCCAAGCUGAGAUACUAUGCUUGUGGUCAGGAUAACCUGAACUUGGACUUUAGCAACUGGAUACUGACAGCAUUUAUGAUACACUGAGAAAUCCCAUCGAAUUCAUGAAUAUUCUCUUCU